ACUGCCGGUGCUGCCCCGUCCUGCCCGCGGCUCCCGGUGCUCGGGGAUCGCCACGGAGGAAGUGGAGCCGGGGCCAAUGGGAAAAGGACGAGGAGGGCCUGCUCCGGUGUUGAAACUUUUUAAAUCAUUACACAGAACCCGGCAAGAAGUUUUUAAAAAUGAUACGAGAGCCCUUGAAGCUGCAAGACAAAAGAUUAAUGAAGAAUUCAAAAAUCACCAAGAUGAGACAUCUGAAGAGAAGAUAAAUGAGCUUCUGAAAAUAGCUUCAGAUGUUGAAGUGAUUCUUCGAACUUCUGUUAUUCAGGCUGUUCACACGGAUUCCAACAGAAUAGAAAGUCGAGAGGGAGGAUCUAGGAAACUGGUCAGCCUCACCUCGAUCUCUGGAAAGGUCCUUAAGAAAUACCUGGAAGCUGCUUCCAAAUGUUCUAAGAACAGAAUGGGAAUGGGGAGUAGAAUAGCAAGGAUUUACAAAGGUGAGAUCUUCUCUGACCAGCCUGAUACCCUUUUACAGUGAAAUUACUUGACUCAGCAGACAAAGGCGCAGAGUAUUGCUGAUUGUCUGUUUUGACAGUAACAGAGUUUUAAUGUUGUCUCCUUUUAAAUACCCAUAAACAAAAAAGGAUAGAAUUGCCCCUGCCUAAUUUUACAGACUUCUGGCAAAGAGGUUUUUGGGGAAGAAGGAGUUCAUUCAGAGUGCAGUACUGGCCAGGAAAAUGUCCUGCAGCAAAAAAUCUGGAGCGCAUCUAUACAAGGGUGCAUUUGACCUACUUACGAAUGCAGAGGAUGUCAUUAUGCAGUGUUUUGCCCAUCCUUUUUUUUUUUCUGUGUCCAUUUUGAAUAAGUCUUAGCUUUGCUUCUCACUCUGCAAUUGAUCUUACUGCAGCAAGAGCAUAACAAUGCUCUGGAAACAGCCAUCACAAUUUGAGAGAUGUCUGGUUUGUGUAUGUUUGGAAUUUAUAUUGAAGUGAGAAAUACUUAGUCUUGAUAAUAUAGUGAAUCACCAAUUAAAGGGUCAGGAAUCCUUAGAAAAAUAAAUCCAGAGCAUCAUGGUAGAAGUUCAUAGAAUAAGAGUGAACAGUAUAAAAAAUGGAUAGAAUGGAUUCUUACUUGUCCUGUUAUUAUUAAAAUGCAAAGAGCGUUCAAUGAAGUUGAAAUUUACAUGCAAAGCUAAUGCAAGAAAAAAAAGUCAUUUUUUAUUUACACAAUAAAUAAUUCUUAAAGGUCACAGCAAUGAGAAAUCUUAGUGGCCAGGAGCAAGGUACUAAAAAUACAAAAAAAAGCAGAAAAUCAAAUUUGAUGCUUAGCUUGAUACUGUAGUAAAAGAGUAAAAGAGAAUCUCCUUACAGAAGGAAUAUACAGACCUUUCCACCAUGGUAAAUUGAUUAGUAACAUAACAUUAUUCUGAAGUGUUACUCUUUGAGCAGCCUCCUAUAGUUUUUGCAUCUUUCCUAAGAAUUCAGCUUUGAUUAGACAGCACUAAGAACUAAGCAAUUCUGGUAUAGCUCUUAUUAAUGUCGCUGGUAGCACAGAGUAUGCCAUUAGAAAAUUCCAGAAAUUCAGAAUUUUAGGGAGUUGAGGUAGUUGUCACUAUAUUUUAAUAGCAGUUUAUAGUUAAUAGCAUGGUCAGUUUACUGUGUGAAAUUGUACCUAAAAAAUAAAUAAUAUUCUGUAUAUGUAACUAAAUUAAUAUAUUACGUAUAUGUAUCUAAAAAAUAAAAAAUAAAUAGGUGUGCUUUCCACUGCUACUCCAUUUUGCUGAAUAUCUUGCCUUACUGUUUUUCAUCCUUUCUUGUUUGUAAAGAAAAGUUGUUUUUAAGAUUAAAAAGAGGAAAAAAGUUGGAAGUGGGAUUUCAACUUCCAGUUGAAUCUAUGGCUGAAUGUUUUCAUGGGUUAAUCCCAGCUGGCAGCUAAGCCCUGCACAGCCAGAACUGGAGAGCGAAUUGGGAGACUAAAAGUGAGAAAACUCAUGGGCUAAAAUGAAAACAGUUUAACAGGUAAAGCAAAAGCCACACAGGAAAGCAGAGCAAAACAAGGAAUUCACUCACUUCUUUCCAUGGGCGGGCAUUGUUCAGCCAUCUCCAGGAACGCAGAGCUCCAUCAUGUGUAACGGUGACUGACUUGGGAAGAAAAAUGCCAUCACUGCAAAUGUCUCCCCAUCUUUCUUAUACCAGUUUAUAUUGCUGAGCAAGAUGUCAAAUGGUGUGGAAUAUCCCUUCAGUCAGCUGCAGUCAGCUGUCCUGGCUGUGUCCCUUCCACAUGUCUGUGCAUUUAUAUAAUGAAAAUAAUCAAGUGGAUCCUCUCAUUUUCCUUUACUUUUUAGCACCUAGGAGCCAGUUUCUGUUGGGAAUUUUGUUGUAGGAAAUGCAUGUGUAGGUAUAUGAGUCUGCUUAGGUAUUCAAUUUCAGUACAGCUUUGAUUAAGGAAGUUUUAGCAGAACAAAAAUCAACCUUCUUGAUCCUUAAUACUCUGUGGUAACUUUUAAAGUGCCAGUAGUUACAGUUAGCUCCAUCACUGCUUUUAUGGUAUCAUCUUUUAUGGUAUCAUUGCUUUUAUGGUAUCAUCACCAUAUGAAAGGCUUGGGACAGAUUUAUUUAAAAAAAAAAGUAGAAGUACAACCCUAAGGUGGCUGCUUGAGUUGCUGCUUGUUGGCAAAUAAAAAUAAGCAACCUCAGUUGAACGUUUACUUGUUAUUAUUCUUCAUCUCAGGUGCUAUGUGUUUGUUUUGGAAACUUUGUAAGUGAAGGUUUACUUUGCUGUAGUAGAAAAUCUAGUGGCCUAUUUUGAAAAAAGUGUAAGAUACUUACAUUUGGGCUGUAUUUAAAUUAGUGUAAUGUCCUUGCUUCAGGCUUCUUUUAGGUUUGGGAGGACAAUGGUUUGGGAUGAAUCAGUUGCUAUGUUGUAUGAAGGAGCAGGGGAAAAAGAAACUAGGUAAAGUGCUUCAGAAAGCUGUUGCGACUCACUCCUUAAGUGAGUUACUGUCGAUCUUUUGGCUCUAAAUUUUUUAUUAUAGCUGACAAUAUACAAUUUAGCUACCACUGUUUUUUUCUUUUUUUUCAAUCGUGCAUCUCCAAAAUAACUAAUAACCAGAAAUAAAAAGCCAAGGACUUGUCUUAGAGCAAAUACUAGUAAGGCAAACAUUUUUCCUAAUUAAAUGAAAUUAUUCUGUGGUGUCAUAGAAGCAGUGCACAAGCCAAUGAUAUUCUUUAAAAAGAAUAUGAGACAUAAU